GAACAUCUUCUCGACCUUACAAGCCAUUCCUACUCAUCUUGCAACCGAGGACAGAGCUUUUUCAGCAUGAGCCCUCUCAAGUCCCAAACCUCUGCCAGCCUCUUGCGCCAGGUCCCAUCGAGCUUGCCAGCCGCUGCAUCUCGCAGCGGCUCACGCUUUGUCCACACCUUGCGUCUUCCACCAGCUCCUCCUUCGACCAGAUUGGUAGGUCGAUCUGCAGCUCCUUCGAAGCUCCUCUCAGCUUCGACCAAGCCCCGGAGCGCUUUUGUCAGGACAUACUCUUCCUCUGGCAAAGCGAUCCGCGACCCAUCGCAUCCAAAAGGUCUCUACUUCCACCCCUUUUCCAGCACAGAAUACGCCAUUUCCCUCCUUCCUUCCUCCCCGCCAUCCGAGACCCAUCUCUCUGUACUGGGACACAUCACUCUACCUUCUGCUUCGACGGACCCGAUAACCUUUGCAAGGGAGAAUCCAGAUGAGCUGGUGGUGAAUAAGGUCUUUUGGAGUUUGCUGCACGAGACGCUCAAGGAGGACGUGGUGAGAGGGCAGAAGGAUGAGAAUCUCAUUCAAGAGGCUGAUCUGAGGGAUGCUGGGUGGGCGCAUUUGGCUGACGAGCGUCAGCUGCUCAUGCCUGGCCGAAUUCCAACUCCAGAUGCAAUCAUCGCCUCAGUCUCCUUCACAGACUGCACAAUUGCCCCAGACUCUUACGAGAUCAACGACACAUAUCGACCUGUCACCAGGGAGGAGGGCUUCAUCGUCCUCAGGGACGUCUGGCUAGAGGCUUUGAAGGCCAGACUGGCAAAGUCGACAUGAGAUGCUUUGUAGAAAGAUAUCGACAUUGAAUGGUAAAGCUUGUUAAUACAUCUCCAAAUUGGUACCGUCGUUGAUCUCGUAAUCAGCUAGUGUGAUGUGGUCCUUGAAGACUGUGUACCAUUUCUUCAGU